AAAAAAAACUUCGUGAAGUUUGGCGUCUCGGGGUUAUAAAAGUUAACGCGUGUGAGUUUUUCGACCUCCAGAAGGAUGAUUUUCCUGACAAUGAUCGCUCGUGUGGCUGACGGAUUGCCGCUCGCCGCUUCCAUGCAAGAGAAUGAUCAGUCAGGAAGAGAUCUCCAGCAGUACCAGAGUCAAGCCAAGCAGCUGUGCCGCAAACUUAAUGCUCAAAGUCCAGACCGGUGCACGCUGGAAGCAAAAGACAUCAGCUUUCAUUAUUUAAUAGCAGAAGAUGUUUGCUACCUGUCCCUUUGUGAGCCAUCAUUCCCCAAGAAAAUUGUGUUUGCCUACCUGGAGGACCUUUAUCAUGAAUUUUCUGACCAGUAUGGGAGGAGGAUUUCCACAGUCACAAGGCCAUACUCCUUCAUCGAGUUUGACACAUACAUCCAGAAAACCAAAAAGUCAUACAUUGACAGUAGGGCCAGGAGGAACUUGGGUAGUAUCAACACAGAGCUGCAGGAUGUUCAAAAAAUUAUGGUGGCCAAUAUUGAAGAAGUUCUGCAACGUGGAGAAGCACUUUCUGCCCUUGACACAAAAGCCAGCAAUCUGUCCACCUUGUCGAAGAAGUACCGCAGCGAUGCCAAGUACCUCAACACCCGCUCCACAUACGCCAAAAUAGCUGCUGUGGCAGUCUUCGUCAUCACACUCAUCAUCUAUGUACGCUUCUGGUGGCUCUGAUGGAAUUUUGACAACGUUUGGGGGGAUUUCUCAGAGAGCAGCACGUUUAAAUUGAGUUCAUUGGUUGUACUACGGAAAGCCAUUUGAGCAUUUAUUCGAGAUCCAUCUUCAGGGCAAUGUUCUUGUGCGCUCUUUGUCCUCACGUGCAGGACAACAAUGGGGGGGAUAUUGAAUAAAUGCUCAGAACAGCGACCAUAUGAUGAAGGCAAAUGUUUCAACAGUGGCCUUGUUGGAGACAAUGAGUCUCGAGCGACUUUGAGGGAGUCUUGCUCUGGAAGCAGGCUUGUGGUGCGUUCAAAAAGUUCAACUGUGCUGAUGAGUCGUGUUUACAUGUUUGUUUUAGGGGAGAUAUCUUUAAGUUAAGCCUUAAAAACUGUGACUAAAAAUGUUCAAUGUUAAUGAACAAAGUUGUAAGUCUUAAAAGGGAUUAAAAAAAUAUAUACCCAGAUGUCAGUGUUUUCUUGUGAAAUUUAUUAAUAUCAGUACUGUAGACAGGUGUACAAUGUUUACACGGCACAUACAAACCAUUUUGUCGGACACGUAACGACUACAUAUCUGUACAAUCUGAUCCAUGAGCCAAAAAGCCAAGUUUUACAAAAAGGUGAUAAACACAAACUUUACCCAAUUAAAAAGUAGCUUGUAAGUCCUGACAAUAUUCCUCAGAAGUCUUCUCUGUUCAAACAAAACAAACAUCUCUGAAAGUUUGCCCAGUUUGUUGUUACACAUCAAAUUACAUUUUAUAACACUUAAAACAA